AUGCACCGGAAGGUGAGCUCCAUGAGGGACGGCACCCUUGCCGAAGACGAGGAGGAGAUGGAGAUGCAGCCCUCGGUGCCCUCCUCCGUGCUCAGCGCGAUUAGUGAUGCGGUGAACACCUCACGCACGGUCUGCGAGAUGUCCGACCAACCAAAGGUGGAUGACGUCGUCCUGUCCACGCCGUUUCUCCUGAAACCGCUCCUGACGGUCUACGCGAGCUGCAUCCCGCGGCGGGAGGCCCAAUUCGGGUCUCGCUUCGACGAGCAGCUCUUCUUGUCGGCGUCCCCGACGACGUCGACGGGGGCCGAGGCGGCCAAAACGUCCUCCGCCGCCCCAGGCCCCCUUUCCACUCAAACCCAACGAAGUCGGGGGGAAGAUGGAAAGUCCGGCGGGGCGGAUCAGCCAUGGUUUGAGAAGUUCCAGCCAAACCCCCUGAGCGACGAGGAAGUCUACGCUGCCCUCCAAAAACGAGGCAUCCCCACCAUUCCCCGCUACUCAACCCGGGUGACGGUGCUGAUUGAACACAACGAGAUGGAGCCGGUGGAUUUGCUCUUGCUGGCUGAAAUUAGUACGACGCGGAAAGGUGGGGAGGACAAACAAAACAAAGCCUAUGAUGGUGUGCGUGAUACCGGUGUGGGUCUGAAAUUGCCUCGUAUUUAUUGUCUUAUAGUGGAUGGAGGGGAGUACUAG